GGCGGAACUUCUCAACUGUGUCGACAGAAGGCGGACGCUCGGCCUGAGUUUGGACUCGACUCCUGUACUGUACAUCCAAAUACAAGUUAGCAUGGUGACGUGCUCGACCUUUUUCUGACGUCCGCGGCUUGUUUAACGCUGUUUGGGAGCCGUUUGAACUUCACUGACGUCUUCCCUCGACGUGUUUUGACAAAAAGGGUGGCGGCGGAGCAAGCCAUCGGCAGCCAUCUUUGGACCUGCCUGCCGCUGGGAGUGGGAUUCGACCAUUCUGGCAACCCAGUCACUUCUUUAGGGUGUGGAUUUUUUUUCCUUUUUAAAUUAACUCCGUCGUCUUCAUGUUGCCAUCGAGUGACAGCCUAAAGAACCACAACAACCCGACUCGCUAAUUCGCCACGGUGGGGAUGACAAGGAAGUGGUGACCACAUAUGAGACCACAGUCCUGCAGAAGAGCCGUCAGUGGGGGCUAUUUAGUCGCUGUCGCAGACCCAGAUAGUUUGGCGGCAGCGGCAUUGCCCCCCAUCUCUCCAUUAUGCCCAACAGCAGUCGGGCGGGGAGCCUGAAGGACCCCGAAAUUGCUGAGCUCUUCUUCAAGGAAGACCCUGAGAAGUUCUUCACAGAUCUGCGCGAGAUAGGACAUGGCAGCUUUGGUGCUGUAUAUUUUGCACAGGAUGUGCGAACAAGUGAGGUGGUGGCCAUCAAGAAGAUGUCCUACAGUGGAAAGCAGUCCAGUGAGAAAUGGCAAGACAUAAUAAAGGAAGUGAAAUUCUUGCAAAGAAUACAACAUCCAAACAGCAUAGAGUACAAAGGAUGUUACCUGCGAGAGCACACUGCAUGGCUGGUGAUGGAGUAUUGUCUAGGCUCUGCUUCAGAUUUGUUAGAGGUUCACAAGAAACCCUUACAAGAAAUUGAAAUAGCUGCAAUUACCCAUGGUGCUCUUGAAGGUUUGGCUUAUCUUCACUCCCACAACAUGAUUCACCGUGAUAUCAAGGCAGGAAACAUCUUACUGACAGAGCCAGGCCAGGUAAAACUGGCAGAUUUUGGCUCAGCCUCCAUCGCCUGCCCAGCCAACUCCUUUGUUGGGACACCAUAUUGGAUGGCCCCAGAGGUUAUCUUGGCUAUGGAUGAGGGCCAGUAUGAUGGGAAAGUAGACAUUUGGUCUUUAGGAAUAACCUGCAUUGAAUUAGCUGAGAGGAAGCCUCCUCUGUUCAACAUGAAUGCAAUGAGUGCCUUAUACCAUAUAGCACAGAAUGAGAGCCCCAUGCUGCAGUCCAGUGAAUGGACGGAUUAUUUCAGAAACUUUGUAGAUUCUUGCCUACAGAAAUGUCCACAAGAUAGGCCGAACUCUGAGGAGCUCUUGAAGCAUGCCUUCGUCCAACGUGAGCGUCCCGAAUCGGUUCUUAUAGACCUAAUAAACCGGACGAAAGAUGCAGUGCGAGAGCUGGACAAUUUGCAGUAUCGCAAAAUGAAGAAGAUAUUAUUUCAUGAAGCCCACAAUGGCCCCAGCAUUGAAGCUCCAGAUGAAGAGGAGGAGCCAGAACACAGUGUGGGUAGAACUGGUACCGUGAACAGUGUGGGGAGCAACCAGUCCAUUCCCAGUAUGUCAAUUAGUGCCAGCUCCCAGAGCAGCUCUGUCAACAGUCUGACAGACGUAGGUGAUGACAAAAGCGAGGUGGACAUGGAGGGGGACCACACAGUCUUGUCCAACAGUUCUGUCAUCCAUCUCAAACCGGAGAAAGCAGCAUAUAACAAAGAUUCAGAACCUCACGUUCGGCCAACUGAGCCUCAGUCCCAACCUGCAAAUCCUCCACGGCCAAAGCGGAACCGAGAACACUUCGCAACAAUACGCACAGCCUCAGUGCUCACUCGCCAGAUUAAGGAGCACGAACAGGACUCUGAAUUAAGGGAGCAGAUCUUAGGCUACAAGCGCAUGCGACGGCAGCACCAGAAACAGUUGAUGGCCCUGGAGAACAAGCUGAAAGCGGAGAUGGACGAGCACAGACUCCGCCUGGACAAGGAGCUGGAGAACCAGAGGAAUACCUUUGCUCAGGAGAUGGAGAAACUGAUCAAGAAGCACCAAGCAUCCAUAGAAAAAGACACAAAAACGUUUAGUAACGAUGAGAAGAAAUUCCACCAACACAUCCAGAGCCAGCAGAAGAAAGAACUUAAUAGUUUCCUCGAAUCACAAAAACGGGAGUACAAACUUCGCAAGGAACAACUCAAAGAGGAGUUGAAUGAAAACCAAUCCACACCCAAGAAGGAGAAGCAGGAGUGGUUGUCCAAGCAGAAGGAGAAUUUCCAGCACUUCCAAGCAGAAGAGGAGGCCAACCUCCAGCGUAGACAAAGGCAGUAUUUGGAACUGGAGUCCCGCAGGUUCAAACGGAGGAUCUUGAUUGCUCGCCACAACAUUGAGCAAGACUUAGUGCGUGAGGAGUUAAGCAAAAGGCAGACUCAGAAAGACUUGGAACACGCCAUGCUUCUACGGCACCAUGAAUCCAUGCAAGAACUGGAGUUCCGCCAGCUGAACACCAUCCAGAGGACACGGGCCGAGCUCAUCCGACUCCAGCACCAGACAGAGCUCACUAACCAGCAGGAAUACAACAAGAGGAGAGAGCGGGAACUGAGACGCAAGCACGUAAUGGAGGUUCGCCAGCAACCAAAAAGCCUCAAGUCAAAAGAGCUACAAAUCAAGAAACAGUUCCAGGACACUUGCAAGAUUCAGACUCGGCAGUACAAGGCACUGAGGAAUCAUCUGCUGGAGACCACACCAAAGUCAGAGCACAAGGCUGUGUUGAAGCGUCUGAAACAAGAGCAGCACCGCAAACUCGCCAUCUUGGCAGAGCAGUAUGACCACUCCAUCAAUGAGAUGCUGUCCACACAGGCGCUUCGUCUGGAUGAGACUCAAGAAGCACAGUGCCAAGGCCUCCGAAUGCAGCUACAGCAGGAGCUGGAGCUUCUUAACGCCUAUCAGAGCAAGAUCAAGAUGCAGACAGAUGCACAGCAUGACCGUGAGAGGAAAGAUCUGGAGCAAAGGGUGUCGCUACGCAGAGCCCUGCUGGAACAAAAGAUUGAAGAGGAGAUGAUGUCCUUGCAGAAUGAUUGCUUGGAGCGAAUCCGCAGCCUGCUAGAACGUCAAGCACGAGAGGUUGAGGCUUUCGACUCAGAGAGUAUGCGCCUGGGUUUCAGCAACAUGGUGCUAUCAAACGUCUCCCCGGAGGCCCCCGGCCAUAGCUUUCCGGGGUCCCCGGGAAGUUGGGGGCAGCAGCAACAACAGCACCCUUCAGGGAGCUUUCAUGGGCCACACUGGAGUAGUGGCAGCUUGAGCACAGGCCCAAGCCGCCAAAGCAGCCAUCGCCACUAUCACUCCAGUCCUGGGGGGCCACCUAUGCAGCAAAGCUGGGGGCAAGGCUUGCAGGGUGGUGGUACUCCACAGCCAUGGGGUCACCCGUCAGCAGUAUCCCUUGUCUCUCGCAGCAGUGCUGGUGCACAGAACAGCCCCCAAGGCAUGGGGAGGACACCGCCCGGGGGCCACAGUGAGCAGGGCAUGAGCAGGAGCACCAGCGUCACCUCUCAAAUAUCUAACGGGUCCCAUCUUUCCUACACAUAAGUCAACCCACAGAGAUGCAAGUUCAACAAAUUCCGGGUGAGCUCCGCAGUUCCGUCUUUCCCCUACACUUCUCCAUUUCCUUUCACUGUGCGCACACGUGGAUGUGUCAUUAAAUACAUGUUGCUCAGGUCAACGGGGCUGCAAAGAGAUGCAGCCCCUCCUCACAGUUUCAGCAAGCAUACAGAUCCUUUAGGUUUAUGUUACAAAACAAUUUGUCAACAAAUAAUCCUUUUUUAUUGAUCAAGUUCAAAAAGUACCCAUUUUGCACAUGAAAACACUGUUCAAAGCCUUUGACUUGUGUCAAUCACAGUAAACGAAAAUAUAUACCAUUUCCUAUAGAUGUUGCCUGCAGUUUUACACUGGCCCAUACUGUGCUUGUAGACAAUGUUGCGAUGCCAGCCUGCUGUAAUGGUCAUUAGGAUGCAUCCACAGUCAUUCUUUAGUUCAUUUUCAGGCUUGAAACCAAAUAAACAAAACAUUUCUUUGAGUCCUAGGCUACAAAUCUGAUUACAGUGCCUUUUCUAUUAUUUUUGCAUUAUUCAAAGACAGGUCUUAAAUGUGAAUAGUGUGAUAGUGUAAAUGUAAUCAGGAUCUCUUAGCACUCAUGAUCCUGCAGUCUUAGUUCCAUAAGGCCCAAAUAUAUUCACACUUGUAUUCACUGUGUACAGUGGUAUGUGCUGAGUAGUCUUAGAAACUAUGACAAAUAGAAACAAUGUGACAUAUUCAGUGAUGUUGCUAGGUACGCGUCCUGCAUCCUUGACGCAUUCAAAUCUGAAAGGAUGCAGGAAACUCACUAUCCAUGCAUUCCAGGCACCUCAUUUUUCCCAUGAAAAACGAUACUUUGUGAACAACUCGUGUUUAAAAUCAAAGUAAUUACUAGGGAUGUCCCGAUCCAAUCUUCAUGAUCAGGCUCGGCUGCCGAUCCACUGUAAUUUGAAGAUCGGAUAAUAUCGGCUUCUGCCAUGAGAUCAGGCCGAUCCGGUUGUCGUAUAAAGUUCGGAACGCUGGGCCACAGUCCAACAUGCCAGGCGCAGUAAUGUGCCUCAAAGCUGGUUACCACUCGACUCCCGCCACACGCAAGAGAAACCAACCGCAACACCACCAUGCAGACGUGUCCGCCGUGUACCGUGGUGAAGUUAGUUUGACAUUGGAUGUUGUAUAUUUGGCUCUGCCGUCACAGCGGUAAUUCCAUCUCACUGUGCCCUGCCUGCUGAGUCAUGGUGCAGGGAGCUCGCACAGGAAGUGCAGGAAGUCAAACACUACUAAACAUGUCAAAAACUGCGGCAAAAAACCUUGCAAACUCCUAUGUUACGGAGCGUGAAUGGAAGCUAGCGGGGUUAGCUUAGUUUAGCAGCGCGUGCUAGUGCAGCUGUGUGUGUGCGCACGUCUCAGGUUGGAUGAGUAUAUUUUCACCGUGCUGUCUUUCACCGUUUUAAUGUACCGCUUUAAAGGACCAUUUUACAAUGCCCACUGACGACGUGCAGGUCCUGAGUGAAAAGAGACGAGGCACAUUUAUUCUUGCACCCAGCUCGUGUCAACCGUCAAUUGCAAUUCUCAACACACACAACACACUAACGGCCUUCAGAAUAAGAACGCUCUUUGUCACAUUUGUCUAAUUGUGUAAACAAAAUAAGGGUGUCCAUAAAAAUGUCUUACAUUAAUAACGCGAUUGGAAUUUUAAUCUGCGACUACAUCUUCCUUAAUCACAAGCACGAGCGUUACAGUUUGUUGAAGAUUUUGUAGCAAUAUGUGGUGAGGCUGACAUCCCAUUAGAAAAGUUUGCCAAGCUACGUCCAUUUCUCAAUUACUGGAUAAAGUGGGCCAGCGAUGUAUUGUAUCAAUAAAUGUAAGGAUUUUUGCAUUUCAUUCAUGGACAUUUUAAUCACCAACCCAAAUAGCAGACACACUAUGCUGGUAAAAUAAGUGGAAAAAGUAGAAGACUGAGUUCUAAAAAAUGAAAACGGAAUUUGGGGAAAAAAUAAAACUGAUUUCAUAGAACCCUGUCAGAGUUUGUUAAAAAACAAAAAGUCAAAUAUUCUAAAUCACGCCAUAAAUUGAUCUAUAACCAUGAUUAGUGCAAAAAAUGAUUAGUCCUACCCUGACAAAGAUGCAUUCAAUACCACAAAUUUAAUACAUCAUCUGAGGACCAAACAUAAAACGGAGGAUGAAGUGUUUAGCAAGGACUUUCGGCGGAAAGACAAAUAUCUAAAAGAGACCAAAGCGGUAGCCAAAUUUAUUGUGAAUUUGAUAAAAAUGGGUCAUUGUGUUUACAGUAAUUACUUGCUUAAAACAUUUUCAGUUCUAUAACCAAUAAUGCCAUUUUCAAAGUAAGUAAAGUACGAUCGGGACUCAAAAUCAGGUGGAUCUGAGGCCAAAUAAAUGCUUAUCGGGACAUCCCUACCCAUUUAUGUUAAUGUAUUUUGGGGGUGGAGGAGUCACAUACUGUAUAUUGCACAUGCGUAGUACAAAUCAGGUUGCCCAACGCGUGGCUGACGAAAAAUAGGUCGACAAGCCGCCGAACGGAUGUAAAGACGCGUUUUGCACAUGUGCAGAGCGGAUCAUGUUUCCGGUACAGAUUGAGUAGUGACAGCAGUGACGAAAAAUACAUAUUGAUGGUCGGCAUUUUGUUCUGCUCAGAUGUUUGUUUUUUUCUCUCGAGUAAGCGGGGAAGGGAGAACGAAUGCAAAAUGUCACUGGAGGAAAAAGCCAAACCCUAUUGAUCAGUAACUUUUAAGAAAAAGAAGAUAUGAAAUGUAUGUAUAUAUAUAUAUAUAUAUAUUUUUUUUUUUAAUUUUUUUAUUGGGGACCCAUUGAAUUUUCCAGGGACCCAGUCAAAUCACCACCUGUGGCUCUCAGACUCACGGCAUUGAAAACCUAUCAACAUCACUGCAUAUUGGUGGCUUUUACUUGUACCUAUUUUAAAGUGGAGAUGGAAGUGACAUAUCAGUGUCCAAAGAGACACAUUUGCCUUCAAAAACAAUCAAAAACUUUGAUUAUUUUAGUGCCUUUUUAAAACUGCUGCCUUCUCAAAGCACUUUAUGCUGAAUGCAAGAUAUUUUUUAAAGCUAAUAAUAGUGGACUUUUAGUCGCGAAAAACGUGGUAGAUGAGUGUUGAUAUGUGGAUUGAGGAGUGAAGUGGUGUGUUGUGAUUUUUAUUUUUAUUUUAAGAAGUACACAGCAAGUUUUGUGUAUGUGAGUGAAAACGCACCACGAAACCUUAGCUGAAUGUGUGGAUGUUGCGGGCUAUUUUCCUUGAAUUAAACUCAGAACUACAGAACCUGUUGAGAGGCAGGUAGAUUUCAGCUAAUAUCCAUGACCAUGACCGCAGGCUUGGCCCCACUUAAGGGAAAUGACACCACGGCCCAGUAAGGUCACACGGAACUGUGCUAAAUUUAAAAAAAUAAAAAUAAUUUUUAAAAAAGUCAUCAGAACAAAGGGCGACUGAAUAUUGAAGACAUUGCUUUAGGCACACAGAGAAAGAUGCAAGUGGAAUAAGAACAAAGCACUUGAGCCUGGCAGGCAUUUUUGUAAUAGUUAUGGGAGAGGCACGCUUUGCAUUACACAACUUUUAAGCAUAAGAAAACCCUAUUAAAUCUACACAGGUGUGUGUGUGUGUGUGUGUGUAUAUUGGAACAUUUUAAACUGUUAAUUUCAGAAACUGACAUAUUGAUGGCAGAAAUCUUACAAUCUACAAUAUUACAUUGACAGCGUAAAGUAGCCAAAAUGUGCAUCUCAAUCUACUAUCAUCACAUAGUGUACAUAACUAGUUUGAGUUCUGGUACCAAAACUCCAAGUGAUCAUUAUUUCUCAGCUGUGGUCAAGUAAAAUGUAUUGAUCCUUCCUUGUGUCAAAGAGUUUGGAUGUUAGGCCAACGUCACCUCACCCUCCUUGCCAACCUUCAAUUUGUAUGCACGUUUUCUUCACUUUGUGUGUGUGUGUCUGCGGGAGAGAAAGAGCCUGGUUAUAUUGUCAUUCAUGCCAACUCUCCACCAACCUGGAUUAAAUUGUUGUUUUUGUAUUUUUAACUUUUGUCAAGUUUUGUCCUACUGACUGACUGAACCGCAUAUGGGGUACUGAAUUAAGAGAGUUGGCAACAGAUAGAGAAGGCGGCCAUCUUUUCUGUGGUCCAAACACUGCCAUAGUUGCCAAGCCCAGGGGUCACCACAUUGUUUUUCCUUCCAUGUUUUCACCCCCCCCGCAUCACUGGGCUUGGAAGCAACACAGUAAGUCACAUCUGCUCCAGUGGCCAACACAAACACUUGGGUGGCAAAUAUAGUGAAAAGAGAUUGCAUUUCUUUGAAGAUGUCAGUAUUCUUUUUAGUUUUUUUUUUUUUUUGGCACAUUACCACUACAACUUGUAACCUGUAUUAAAUUGUAUAGAUGGUCUUGAGAGUUUAUGAAGAUGCUACUCAUGAUGAGAUGGUCAGAUACUUUAAAGUGGAUUGAAAUUGUAUAAAAAGAUUCAUUAAACAGAAUAAGAAUAGAAUCAAAUUUACUAUUUUGUUUGUAUAAUAAUGUACCAUUGUGUUGGCAGAGGGAUUAUUGAAAAGAAAUCAACUGUAAUAAAGUAAUUUUAGUAUAAGUGUGUCUGUUUAUUCUAGUCUUUGCAUGACAGCAUUGUGACAUCACAAAAUGACCUGCGGACCAAUCUGUAAUUGGUCUCGACCCAAAAGUAACCACAGUCCUUAGGUGACUGACUGACAGGACACAUUCACGUAGACGCCUCUCGUAGCUUGGCAAAUUGCUGCGAAAUGUCAGCGCAUCCGCCAUAUUGGAUGUGGCAGUUCGUUAAAACUAAUGCAAGCUAACGGACCCAACUUGAUAAAGCGCCUGGAGGUUGGGUUUCACAGCGAGAAAUUCACCGUUUUAUGCGCCUCACUUCAGUGUUAGCCACAAAAUGUCCGUUAAAAAUGUUUGUCUCACUAGUAAAAGGUGAUCCCAUAAUAUGUGGCAUGGGCUGUAAACACCAUGCAGCACAUUGAGUUCGUUCUUGCCACAUCCACUAUGUCGGCGACGUCGACGUGUGAUUUCUGUGUGGCGACGACUAUUGGGGCGUCACAAAAUGACAUCGCGCAUCUUUGGGCGAAUUUCCUCACGUUCUAAUUGGUCGUCGAACCGGAAGCAAUCGCAGCAUGCUCGGCGACGACCAUGUAAACAAAUGUUAAUGUUUGCUGGAACAAUUGGAGGAGGAAUGCCGUCUGAAGAGGCUGUAGUUUGAUUUCAGGAUGUUGUUUUUCUCAUCGUUAUGGUUCCUGUUUGUCAUCUUCUGGGUGGAGACCAUCAGUGUGUGGCUGUUUCUCUCCAUGUUCUACCAAGACAGAGCCUUCUACCAUUGGGGAGAUGGGGUAUUUUCAGAUGAUUCUGGCCAACUGAUAUACAUGAUGAGCAGAAUGGAUACCCACAUGCAGUAAAAGAUGUAGACUAGAAGAACGUCAAGGGCUCUCCUGAAAGGACUCUUGAAAUGAAGGCAGUUGCAGUCGGGUUGCUCACCAUUUAAAAACAAAACAAAGCAGCACUAGCUUUUGUUGUUGUUGAAGUGCACCGUCUUUGUGAACAUGGUUACAUCCUCAGUAGAUGUAGAAUGAAGCCUCUGGCGAGCACACGCAUCACUUUUUCACUUGCAGGAAAAAAAACGUAAGCAAAGUAUUUGUUAUUUGAUUUUAGUACGUAAUACUAAUUGUCCUCCUGAGGGCAACAUUGACAUGUCACUGCUGGAUAUUUUGUGUCCCUGCAUGAUACAACACACACAUGUGCAGGCUAAACACACGGUGAUGUUAUCCCAACAACCAGUCCCGAUUUCUGUUUCUCUCCCCCCCUUUUAUUUGUCUCAUUUUUGUAUUCCCGAAAAGAUGUUUUAUCAUGACUCUUUGCAGAUAUGUUUGUUGUGGAAGUGGAAUAUUUCAAUAAGUCAAUAAGGUGCAUGAACAAUUAAAAGGAAUAGUUUGAUAACUCGUACAAAUGUAAAUGUGUGUUUUGAAGCCAAGUUUCAAACAUGAUGAAACACACCAAUGCUGUAACACAGUGGUCCCCAACCUUUUUGGACCCACGGCCCGGCUCGUGUUCCCACGGGGGGGGUUAGCGAUGUAAUUUAUCUAUUUUGUAUGUAUUGUGUAAAACUAAGACAGGAUCAACAUCAAAUUAAAAGCACAGAGUGAAUACAGACCCACCAUC